AUGCUUUUAUCCAUGACUUUAGUGAAAAAUUCUGUUAACGAUGCCGUUUCCGUGAACGCUUCGGUGGCCGGAGAUUUCCGAGAUCGGACAACGAUGACGACGUUGAAGGUUUUGAAAGAGAUCGAAACGGAUCAGGAAAGUAACGCAUCGUCCUCGGAAGAUAUGGAGUUUUACUCUCCGAAGUCGGUUGUCGCGAAGAAGUGGCCGGUGACGACGAAGGAGGUUAAUGUUUCCCGCGCUCGUGUUCAUGAUCCGAUUGUGAGGAUUAGAACGGAGGAUUCGCAGAUCGGAGAAGAUAUUGGCGAAUGUUUUUGCCGGCUUCGCCUCUCAGCGGGAAGACAUCGUCGUCAUCGAUCAAAAUCGAGCACUGAAUCCGCCGCAUGUGAAGAUAUGCGAGCAGGAAGCUAGGGAGACAUCAUGAAAUAGAGAGUUUAGAUUUUCUUCAUUAGUUCGUGAAAUAAAGUAUGUAGAGAGUGCAGAGCAGGUUUUUUCUUGUACAGUGAAAAGUCAGAAAGUAUAUAGAAAGAGCCCUCUCUCUUUGAUAUAAUCAUCAGUUCCUUUUUGUUUCUCAACUGCUUUUCUACCUCUUUGAUUAAAUUUUAUGCUUUGAGGCCCAAUGAAUUACUAAUUCUUUCAAUAGAUGCAGGAAAGCAGAUGAUCAUGGAACCAGGUUUUUUUUUUUUUAGAGUAGUUCAUGAUUAAAUAAAGAUAUGAUCAUUAAAGGAACCCAACAACUUGAAAAACCUCAAGAAAAUUAAAAUUGAAGGUUGUUGCUGCAAGAGUAAAAAAUCAAUACUUUGGGUGAACAUGUUGGAAAUCAUUCUUAAAUUUUAAAACAGAUUAAUAUUAGUUUUGAAUCUCAUAAUUCAAAAAGGAAAACAUAUUAAUUGUAGGAGUUCAGGAGGCUAUGGGUGGAAUUACCCUAGAAUUGCAAUUAUAACGAACUAAAUGUGGACAAGUCAUUAGUUAUCGGUCAAAUCGAAGGUCAAAUAACGAGUUGGUUUAAGGACUAGUUAGUUCAACCAUCAAACUGAUUCGACUACCAGCCAAUUUGUCUGGUUUGCUUAAUGGGCCAGUCCCACUCCUAGUCAAUUCAGAUAUUAGUCAUGUCCAAACCCAAUCAAGCAUGG